CAGCAGUCCUCAAGACCGAAAGCGACUAUGAAGGCGAGACACUUGCUUUCGUAACCCCGUGGAACGCGCAUGGCUACGACAUGGUCAAACAGCACCACUUCACAUACGUCUCUCCAGUUUGGUUCAACAUCCGUGCACUCCCUGAUGGCAGCUUCACGAUCGAAGGUGAACACGAUGUGGACAAACCGUGGAUGGAGGAAGUUGGGACGCAGAUUGUGCCGAGGUUUACGCAUGCGGGGUGGGAUCGGGCGGUGUUGGAGAGGGUUGUGAGGGAGGAGAGCGUGGCGGACAUAAUGGCUCAAAAUAUCGUUGAUGUCGUUAUGAAACAUGGGUUCGACGGUAUCGUGCUGGAUAUGCCCGUCGCGCAUUACCUCGUCCACCUCAUCGCCUCCCUCUCCUCCAAACUUCACGCUGCUUCCAAGAUCCUAAUCGUCGUUCUGGCACCAUCGCCACCGCCUAUUCCGUUACCAGGUGAUGUAGCGGACAGGUACGUGUUGAUGACAUACGACUACUCAACCCUCGAACCCGGCCCCAAUGCCCCGAUAUCCUGGGUCGAAGACGAACUCGAGCGUCUGGACCCCGAAGUCCGCAGCCGUACCCUCGUUGGUCUCAACAUGUACGGCCGCCGCUGGAAUCUCGACGCCUCUUCGGGUACCACGGUUGCGGGUGAACCAGUAUUGGGUCGGGAUGUAGUGAAAUGGCUAGAAGAAGCCAAGCCGGAGAUUGAAUGGGAUAAGGAGAGUGCGGAACAUUGGUUCUACGUUCCGGGGGUGGGCGAGGUGUGGUAUCCGAGUUUGAAGAGUUUGAAGGUGAGGAGCGAGGUCAGCGUGGAAGAGGGAUGUGCCGGUGUUUCGUUUUGGGAGGUUGGGCAGGGAUUGGAUUAUUUCUACUCGAUGUUCUGAGUGCCUUGAUCUUGUUAUUCGAGAAUCCUACUGCUUCCCGCACUGCUCCGACCUUGCUUGCCCGUGCAGUACGUGUCACGGGCCGCGUCGGUGAACUUCAGCAAGUCGGGUCGCCUGCGAAACUUCACCUCUGGAA